CCGGUAUCCACUCACCCCCCCCCGCUCUGCCCGUCGCCCCGUGACCCCGGUAACUGCACCGUGUGGGGGCGGAGCCCCAUGGCGCGGCGGCGGCUGGAGCGGGCGCUGCUGGAGUCGCGCAGCAGGGAGCGGGAGGAGGCGGCCCAGGGCCCCGCACAGCUCCGCAUCAGGUACCAGGUGCCACUCAGCAGCGACCCACACGGGAUCUACAGCCUCCGCUUCGCUCCGGCCGGCGGGUGCCUGGCAGCCGGGUUUGGCAACGGGGCCGUGCAGAUUGUGAACGUGGCCACAGCCUCCCUGCACUCAUCCCUUUUCCGAGGACACCGUACACGCCACGCGAUCACUGCCUUGGCCUACCACCCAGGGAGACCCAGCCUGCUCCUGGCUGUGGGGGCUGAUGGCAUCAUCUCUCUCUACAGCAUGGACUCAGAGACACCGCUGGCAACAGUGACAGAGAAGGAGAAUGAGAUCAAUGCCAUGGAUUUCUGCAUGGACGGCAGCACCUACGCCACAGCUGGCAAGGACCGACAUAUUCGGCUCUAUGACAGCCACACCAACCAGCUGUCCCACAUUCUGCAGGCUCCUGACUUCAUGACUGGUGAUGUGACACCAAGCAGUGGGCACUCUCGCCGCAUCUUUGCCCUCCGCUUUCACCCUGGAGAGCGCCAUAUGUUCCUGACAGCUGGCUGGGAUGACUGUGUGAAGAUCUGGGACAAGCGGAUGGCAAAGGAGGCUCAGAGAGUGAUCAAUGGGCCUCACAUCUGUGGCCCAGGCCUUGACAUCCAGGGUAACUGCGUGCUCACUGGCUCCUGGGUGCCCCACAAUGCACUUCAGCUCUGGGAUCUACGGACAUCCCAACUGCAGAAGAACCUCCCCUUUCCUGGGGGCCCCACACAGGGCCAGUUCCUCUACGCAGCCCGCUUCUGUGACCAGGACGUAGUGAUGGCUGGGGGCAGCGGCACCAGUGGAGCCAGCGCCAUUCACACUGGCACUAACCAGGUGCUUGGCGAGAUCCUGCUGCCCAACAAACCGGUGCAGGCUGUGGCAGUAGCACCCGGUGGGCGGGUGGUGGCUGUGGCUGGCAUAGGAGGGAAUCUCCACAUCGCAGACCUGCACUGAGCCCCAGCAGAGAGCGG